AUCGGGCUUGGUUAUAGUUCAAAGCACCUGUAAGAAGCCAGGGAGGAAAAUUUAAACAAAUAGUAGUGCCUUUCAGUGAAGUUACGCCUAUGCUUUUCACAUAACAUUUGGAGUAGUUAUUGAGAAAACCGCGUGGUGAAGAGGCAAUACGUGAAAAGUUAUUAAUGUGAGGAAAGAUUUGUUGGAAGUGCGCUUGAGAAAAAUUUCCCUUUUUGUGUUGCUUGCGAAUGAAAGGAAAAGUUGGGAAUCACAAUGACACUCAUCAGCAAAAUUGUCCAGAUUAUUCUGGUUAGUUUCUGAGACGAUUCUGCCCAAUAAAUUCAUCUCGCUCGUCGAUGUUGGGUACCUGACUUAAUUGAAGCAGCAUGACAACAACGAUUGAGGAUCACUUGGUGGACACUAGGCUCUCAACUCUCUGGCUUUGGGGUGAAUUUAUCGGUGUGAUUCUCAUUUUAUGCCUCAUCAUAAUUGUCAUUUCCGUGAGAAGAGGACAUAGAAUGAUCACAUCAAAUCGCUUCAAAAAAUCUCGCAUUCUGAUCACUAAUGGCACUUCUCUCCUGUCUCGAGAGCUCCAUCAUCAGCUCACGGCGCGUCAUCAAUGCCAAGUGGUUCUGCUGUCCGACUGCAAAGGCAUCUCCACCGUAGCCAAGUUCGACCUGACGAAUGGGAAUGUGGUGAAUCUCAACUGUGACAUGCUGUGCCAUCAGCAGAUGAACACACUGGUUGAGUACGUGUGGAACGAACUGGGAUCCGUGGACGCGAUCAUCGAUAUCGAAGAGGAAGUGCAAUCCGGCGAUGUCUGUGAUGUUGUUCAGCAGACUGGAACAAAUAUUCAGCGUUUCUUGAAUCUCGUGGGGAAUUUUGCCCCGAAAAUGCAUCAAUCCGGUGGCGGUCAAAUUGUCACGGUGAGGAGCAAUAUCAAUGCCGCUGGAGCGUGUAUAUCUAGUCGUGAUGACGUACAGAAUAUGCUUCAGUUGCUGACGCACUCUCAAGCGACCAAUUUCAUCGCCAACAUCCAGCUCACAACAGUCUUCCUCAACAGACAAGGAAGAGCCUUCGACGUUGGCGACUUAAUGCAAUAUCUGGGCAUCACGCCCGAACUGACACUGACCGAAGUGGCUGAUCGUAUAAUCAAAGGGCUGCAAACUGGAAGAGACAAUAUAGAGAUCAAGUCGAGAAGAAGUCUGAUAGAUUUUACAAUAAGGAAACUAAAGAAACAGGACAAUACCGAAUUUGAACAUCAGCAUUCCAAUAUCUCAACAUCAUUGAGAAAUUGUCAAUAAAAUACAGUGAAACCGUAUUAAAGGUGUUUCAA